AGUUUCGGGCGGCGAGGUCUGCAGGCAGAGUCGAGUAGAGGCCGGCGUCGGGUCAGACUGGCGGCGGAGUAGCACGCAAUCAGAGCUAAGUGCGCAGAGCCAGGAGGCAGCGGCGAGCGAGUGCAACUUUGCACACCUCUUCGCCUCUCGGGCUUCAGCUCCGGGCUUCUCGUGAGGGUCCCUGCAGCCGGUGCCAGUGCGCUACGGUCGAGCGCGCGGACGGUCAGGAAGAUGAUGAUGAUGUCCCUGAACAGUAAGCAGGCGUUCAGCAUGCCGCACGGCGGCAGCCUGCACGUGGAGCCCAAGUACUCGGCACUUCACAGUGCCUCGCCCGGCUCUUCCGCGCCCGCGGCGCCCUCUGCCAGCUCCCCUAGCAGCUCCAACAAUGCUGGCGGCGGUGGCGGCGGUGGCGGCGGCGGAGGCGGCCGGAGCAGCAGCGCCAGCAGCAGCGCCAGCAGCGGCGGCGGCGGCGGGGGCUCCGAGGCGAUGCGGCGAGCGUGUCUUCCUACCCCACCGAGCAAUAUAUUCGGCGGGCUGGAUGAGAGUCUACUGGCCCGCGCUGAGGCUCUGGCGGCCGUGGACAUCGUCUCUCAGAGCAAGAGCCACCACCACCACCCGCCCCACCACAGCCCCUUCAAACCGGACGCCACCUACCACACGAUGAACACCAUCCCGUGCACAUCGGCCGCUUCCUCUUCGUCGGUGCCCAUCUCACACCCGUCUGCACUAGCGGGCACGCACCACCACCACCACCAUCACCAUCACCACCACCAGCAGCCGCACCAGGCACUUGAGGGCGAGCUGCUGGAGCACCUGAGCCCGGGGCUGGCCCUGGGCGCCAUGGCAGGCCCCGAUGGCGCAGUGGUGUCCACGCCGGCGCACGCACCGCAUAUGGCCACGAUGAAUCCCAUGCAUCAAGCGGCGCUCAGCAUGGCCCACGCGCAUGGGCUACCCUCGCACAUGGGCUGCAUGAGCGACGUUGACGCCGACCCGCGGGACCUGGAGGCGUUCGCCGAGCGCUUCAAGCAGCGACGCAUCAAGCUAGGGGUGACCCAGGCCGACGUGGGCUCCGCGCUGGCUAACCUCAAGAUCCCUGGCGUGGGCUCGCUUAGUCAGAGCACCAUCUGCAGGUUUGAGUCCCUCACGCUGUCGCACAACAACAUGAUCGCGCUCAAGCCCAUCCUGCAGGCUUGGCUCGAGGAGGCCGAGAAGUCUCACCGCGAGAAGCUCACCAAACCCGAGCUCUUCAACGGCGCGGAGAAGAAGCGCAAGCGCACGUCCAUCGCGGCGCCUGAAAAGCGUUCGCUUGAAGCCUACUUCGCCAUCCAGCCGCGGCCCUCCUCCGAGAAGAUCGCCGCCAUCGCAGAGAAGCUGGACCUUAAGAAAAACGUGGUGCGCGUCUGGUUCUGCAACCAGAGGCAGAAACAGAAAAGGAUGAAAUAUUCCGCGGGCAUUUAGGAGACCCUUGGCUUCUCCAGGGACGGCGCCCUCCGCGUCCUCUCUUUUCCCUCCCUCUCUCUCUUGCCUCUUUCUUUCCACUUUUGGCGACCAGGAAAAUUUCUGGUAAAUGUGAAUUCAGAGAAAGCGAGGACUGGAGAGGGAGCGAACGAGCGAGCAACUGAGCCCGAGCCCAGCAAGAAUGUGAAACGGUUUCUGAAAGGCAAGAAAAACAAAAGAAGCGAUUGGUCAAUUUGUAGCAAAGUUGUCCCUUUUAACCCCACCUGGAAAAGACACCUCGGCUUCAUCAGAGAAAGUCUGGAGCUGGCUGUUUGCAGGAAGGCUGAAGAUACAGCCUGUUAAAAGGCCCCCGAGAAUGAUCAAGUAAGAUUUGUUUUUAUUCUUAAAGACAUCACCUUUGUUCAAGUUUAAAAGUACACUUUGCAGCUAUUUUUCAGAAAUAGAAAUUGAUUCAGGACUGAAACUUUAAACUAGAGUUGAUGCUUAAUGUGAUAGAGACAUCUCUAAAGUAUUUUGAAUUUUAAAAAAGAUGGCAGAUUUUCUGCAUUUACACUGUAUAUGAUAUAUAUAUAUAUAUUUUUAUUGUGGUUCUUAUCCCCUUCUUCCUUCUCUGAAGUGUUGAUGCUUAAGAAAGGAAUUGCGCCUGCUGGCCUGCUGUCUUCACUGAUCUUGAAAGCUAUUACGUAUUAAAUUAUUCCCUAACAACCUCUGUAAAUUAUUAAUUUAUCUCUCUAGCAACUUAAUUUUGUGCACAUUCUAAUUAAUUAAACUUCUUUAAUCUUAAAAAAAAAGCGGGGAAACAUAUGGCUACUGAACUUCAAAAAAUUUUAUGUUUGACAAGUUUACUGAAUUUUUACAGCUUUCCUCUUAUACUGGGUUCCUUUUGGCCCAUUUGUAUAUUCUCACUUUGAAUGAAGAUUGUUUUUUCUUUGUUUUUACUGGUAGUGUUCUGAUUUGUGAGUUAACACUCAGUAAUGGACGUCUUAAUCGUGCAGACCUGAUUCACUGUCUGAAGUAUUGUUUAUUUCGUUACAUAUUUAAUGGGGAUUCCUACAUCGUCCACAAUACACACGAACUCUCUCACUCAUCUUUACACACACACACACACACACACACACACACACACACUGCUAUUGAGAGAGAAGAAGCCGUUGGAAAAAUGACUGUAAUAGUAUCAUGCAUCAUAUUCCAGCUUUAGGUGCAUUUGCAUUUGGUGUUUGCCCUUCCAGAUGCUAAGAUUUUACCAAGGUAUUUCAAUCUUCCAGUUUUCAGUUGCUUUGUUUGCUACAUUUUAACAUUCACAAUAAUCUUUUGGUUUUUCCUUUUGGCGGUUUUGUUUGUAGAAAAACUAAUCUGAAUGAUAAGAAAGACAGUGCACUGCUUGUAAAUUCACAUUGUUUGGUAGCAUUCUUUUGGAACAAAAAUAUUAGGUACACAAUGAUUUGUACCUUGUCUAUUGUAAAUAUUUCAUUCAAAAUGAUGCUCAUAUAGAUAUAUUCUUACAAACUUUGCUGUAUGGCUAUUCUGUUUGAGGCUCUCUGAAGUCAAGAGUUCUGUGUAUGACCUGGUUUCUUGUUUUUGUUAAUAGAUGGUUUAUUUACGAUGGUAAUGUAUUAUGUUAUUUUCAGUGUUGUUUGAUUGUCUUUCAUUGAAGAAAUGAUUUUAAUGUUUUAUUGGCAAAGUAUGCUGCUUUUUUUCAUUAAAAUGUGCUAUUACAAUUAAAUGGCUUUAAAAAUGUAAUGUUGUUUAAUCAUUUAUAUGAGACUUAUUUUGGUGGAAAAAUUUUAAGGUGGAAGUACAUUUUG